AUGUGUUUCAAUAUGAAUGUCUCCUUGCUGAUGCUGCUGCCCGGCUUCCAGCUGCUCCUCAUGUUCGGUGUGGGCGCAGAGAAACAGGAAGUGGCGGGCUCACCUGAGGACCCCAGCACCCGCCUCCGAGGCCUGUGGAGGCUGCACAUGAGGGACACCCUGCUGAAAGGGAAAGGUUCUGGCCCUCAUCCAAUGAGAGGAGGGGUCAAACAGCAGCUGCUCUACUGCCGUGUUGGGAUUGGCUACCAUCUCCAGAUUCUGCCCAGUGGCUCUGUUGGAGGGGUCCACAAACCCACCGAGCAUUGUUGGCUGAAGGUGUUUGCGAUGAAACAUGGAGUGGUGGGGGUCAGAGGCGUGAAGAGCGGCCUGUACCUCUGCUUGAGUGCAGAGGGGCUGCCGUAUGGAGCGGAGAAGUUUUCUGACGAGUGCCUGUUAAAGGAGAACCUGGAGGAGAAUCACUACAACACCUACUCCUCCCUCUCUCACCCUGACAUCUACCUGGCUCUUUCCCAUAAAGGAGCGCUCCGGAGGGGCAACAGUGUGGGCCGCCACCAGUCCUGCACCCACUUUCUACCCCGGAGAACAGGCUGAUCAGGGCCCAGUUUCCUCUCAGUUGGGGGCAAAUUAGGAAUAUGGUUGCCAACAUUGUAUCUUCAGCUGGUGAAAAAAGCAACAGUGUAGAAAUUCCACAUGGCAGCUGGGCUUAAGACUGCAACAUGCAAAAAGUAAAACUAGUUCCACAUCCAAGAGACACAAUGAGUGUGAUACAUAUUUCCUGUAGGAACGAACAGUGAACUGAGACCCUCACACUGCAACCUCUCUGCCCGCCGAGACCUGACCGUCUGAGCAGCACCUUCACUGCUGCUGGCACUGAACAGGAGUCAGGCGAUUGAAUGCACAGGAUGAGUCUUCUGAAG